GACAGAAACAAAGAUGGCGGCCUCCGUGCAAGGGUUGUCAGAAGCCGCGCUAUUAAAUCACAAGAAAAGCAGGUCACUUUUAAAGAAAGAAAGACGGAAGAAGAAGAGACGAGCGUUGGCACAACUCAGAGACGCAGAAGAAAACAAGGAGCAUGUCAGCACUGAGGAUGAAGAUGACUUAAAGGAGGAAAUUGAAAGGCAGAGGCUCCAUGAAGAAUGGCUGGCCCGAGAAACGAUAGCUCAAGAAGAAUUCAAGCUUAAAAUUGAAAAGGAGGAAGCGGCUCGGAGACGUGAAGAAGAGGAGAGAAAGAUGAUAGAAGAAUGGAGACAACAGGAACUGAAGGAGAAAGAGGAAGCUCCAGAACAAUUGAAGAAGAGAGAAAGAGAGGAAGCUGUGCAGAAGAUGCUGGAUGAAGCAGAGACUCAGCUAGAAAACGGUGUGUGGCACAAUCCAGAAGCGCCAGAUGGAUAUGGCACAGAAAAGGAUCGCGCUAACUGCCCUUUCUAUCUAAAAACGGGAGCAUGUAGGUUUGGCGAAAGGUGUGUUACCCGCAAGCAUUGCUUCCCUUCCUCCAGCCAGACUCUGCUUGUUCGGGGAAUGUUUAGUUACAUUGAUGAGCAGUGUAGACGGGACGAUUAUGACACUGACGCCAGUUUGGAAUACGGAGACGAGGAGAUCUAUCAGCAGUUCUUAGAAUUCUAUGAUGAUGUUGUACCUGAGUUUAAGAAUGUGGGCAAGGUCAUCCAGUUCAAGAUUAGCUGCAAUUUUGAACCACACUUAAGAGGAAAUGUCUACAUCCAGUACCAAACGGAAGAAGAGUGUUUUCAGGCCCUUUCGCAGUUUAAUGGCCGUUGGUACGCAGGUCGCCAGCUUCAAUGUGAAUUGUCACCAGUCACUAAAUGGAAAUCUGCUAUAUGUGGGUUAUUUGAAAGGCAAAAAUGUCCCCGUGGCAAGCAUUGCAAUUUUCUGCAUGUCUUCAGGAAUCCAAAUAACGAAUUCUGGGAGGCCAAUAGGGACCUAAAUAUGUCACCAGAUAGGAGUAACCACAGUGAAAGGAGGGAUCGGUCAAGUCGAUAUGAAGACCAUGGGAUGUCCAGGAGAUACCACAGCCCCAGCCCAGACUUCAAGAGGAAUGGAGAUUCUAGCAGGAGAAAAAAGAUUCACCACAAGAGCAAGAAGAAGAAGCAUCGCUCACGCAGCUCGAGAAGCCGGAGAAGGUCACGCAGCAGGAGCAGAAAGAAACGCAAGCAUAAGAGUCGCAGUCGUAGUUCCUCUAGAUCUAGAUCCAGAAGCAGAAGCAAAAGUUCUUCCAGGUCAAAAAGUCAGAGCAGAAAGAGCAGAAGCAGAUCUAGAUCCAGGAGCCGUGGCAGAAGGCGGUCAAAGAGCAGAGAGCGGAGUCCACAAAGCCCCUUAAUGCAGAAGUAGAAUUCUGACCAGGUUCAAUAUCGUCACAUCGAGAGGCGGCGAAUUCUGUUCUGGGGUCAGUCUAUGGAUACAGUGUAUCCUCAUGUCAGGAGAAUGACCUUGACCCCGAAUUAUGUGAUGGUUGAAUGGUGACGGCUUCAGUGUUCAAUUUUGGCUAAAAACAGAAGACAUUAAAACCAAAAAGUCUGAUGUAUUAAUUGGAGAUGAGCGAAUUUCCGCUUAUGAAAUUUGUUCACACUUCGUUUGGUGGUAAAAGAUGAAUUGCGUUAUGGAUUCCGUUACCACGGACCAUAACGCAAUUCUAUGACGGAAUGCAUUACGGAACGCCUUUAGAGGACUCCUCUGCAUAGCAGAAACGGGACUUUGCAGCCCAUUGACUUCUAUUAUGACAGAAUGAAUAACCCGUUAUGCAUUCUGUCAUAGAAUUGCGUUAUGAUCAAAAUAUGAAAUUCGCUCAUCUCUAGUAUUAAUACGCUGUAUGUUCAUGAGAUUUGGAUAAAGCUUUUUUCUU